GAAUAUGUCAAUGAAUUACUCAUUUUUCAUCAUGGAAAUGCAGUCGAUGGUUGUUUAUGGAAUAAUCCGCGCAACGUGACAAUUGAUAUGGAAAAGCUGGAGAAAUUAUUCACCAAGGAACAGUUCGUCUCUGGCACUGAGUCCUCAAGCAGACAAACUGGGACACUGGCGAAAUCAAGUCCCGGAAGAAAGCAAGGAAUUGCUGCGAUGAAUUCCCAGGAAAAUUCUAAGAUCGAACUGUUGGAUUCGAAGAAAAGCCUGGCAGUCAACAUUUUUUUGAGGCAGUUCAAGGUUCCGCCGUCAAAAUUGCUGGAAGAGAUUUCAUCGUGUGACGUUGUUCACCUGCAAACUGAGCAUUUCCAGAAAUUGGCAACCUUUUUGCCGGAUUCUGCUGAGAUCGAAAUGCUGAAAGCAUUUACGGGUCAGAAAGAGAUACUCGGAGUAGCUGAGAAUUUCCUGCUGUCGAUCAGUGAAAUGCCGUCGUUUCGACUGCGACUUGACGCCCUGAAAACGAGAUGCAAGUUUGAGGAGGACUGGAGUAGACUGAAAUCCCAAUUGGAAACGGUCGAAAAAGCCUGUAAAGCAGUUCUUGAUGCCAAGAAACUCACGCAAUUUCUGUUGCUGAUUCUCGAAACCGGUAACUACAUGAAUUCGGGAAGUUAUGCAGGAAAUGCCGCUGGAUUCAAACUGAGCUCGCUGCCGAAAUUGACUGAAAUCAAGGCGAAUUCUGGAAGAAUAACGCUUCUUCAUUACAUUGUGUCCGAGGUCCAAAGACGGGACCCAGGAUUGCUGAGUUUUCCAAACGAUCUGGAAGUUCUUAACGAAGUGUUGAAAAUUCCACUGGAAACCUUGGAAUCCGAAGUUGAACAAGUGAUCAAAGAAAUUCGUGAUCUUCAAGGCGGAUUAGAGGAAUCUCCUGAGCUGAAGCCGAUAUUCCACAGUUGGCUGAAGAAAGCGUCUGAAAAAGCGGAAGAAUUGCGCAAAACCAAAGAAGCAGCAUAUGUUCUUGGCAAGUCUAAGAUGGCGGUAUAUUUUGCUGUCCCAUUCGAAACUUUU